CCACAACAACAGUACAGCCUGUGCUAUGAGAGGAUUCUAAAUUUGCCAAGCAGCUCAGGCAUCCCAUUCUCCGUGUUGGUACCUCCCUCUAGGAGACAGACUGACAGACAAGCUGGGCUGAGAGAAACGACUGGAGAAGUACUGGAACUCAGACUGGAGUGGACACUCUGACAUCAGGUUACGGUAGAACACUCUGAACAAGCCGGGGCAGAGUUGGUAAAGGCAGUCAAGUUGCUUUCCAUCACGAGAAAAGAGUCACAACGCCUGUAGAAGUUGGCCAGAGAGCAGAAACUGACUGGCACUCAGACUACCAACAGACAUAUAAUGUGCUAAAAAACAACGCUCACAACUGAAGCCUGACAAUGACGGACAAACUAAAUGGAAAUGGGCCCAAAGCCCCAGAGAAUAGGGUGAAGGGGAAGCCUCCUCCGUACUCUGUGGAAACACCCUAUGGCUUCAGCCUGGACCUGGACUUCCUCAAGUACGUUGACGACAUCGAGAAGGGCCACACCAUAAAGAGGGUCCCCAUCCAGCGCCGGAGCAAGGGGCAGAGGCCCAGCACUCUCCCCAGGAACCUCAAUCUCUCUGGGCAUGGCUACCAGCCUAGCGCCUGGGGCUCCACUGGAGCUCUGGCCUCCAGGUCUCGCCUCCCCAACCCCCACCAAGGCUAUGGCUCUUGGGCUUAUGACGGCAGAUCGCCAGCCUCCCCUGGAGGAUACAAGUCUGUGGCAGAGAUGGAAGCCCAUAUCAGGGCCUUUGAUGAGCAGCCCUUGGGGGAGCACAUCAGGCCCAAUCUCCUGCGGGCCUCCAGCCUGCCUCUCACCGUCCUGCUAAGGAAAGGUUCAGAGUCAACUGAGGAUCCGGCCAGUCUCCGAAGCUCCAGAGACCAUCUCAGAGGAAGGAACACUUCCACGGAAGACAUCUUCUACUCCCUGGACCGUUCGUCCAACUGUCAGUCCAACCAGGAUUUUUCUGGAACCAUGCGCCGACUCAAUGAAGCCCUUGAGCACAUGGGCAAGCUGGAGGAGGAGGUCCGGGUCAUCCCAGAGCUCAAGGCACAGAUCUACAUCCUGCAGGAGGAGAGGGAGAUGCUCCGUCUUGGACUGAACCCAAAACCCGCAUCCCAAACUUUCUCCAACAGGGCCAAAGACCACUCUUACGUGACCUCUGACCUCAAAAGAUCCAGGAAAGAGAGUAAUCUCUUCCUCGCCAACAAUGACGUCACCGAUGACGACUCUAACCAGACACACGAAUGGAGGACAAGCACAGACCUGGAUGAGCUUCUCACAGUGACGUCUCUGCAGGCUAAAGUAGCCAUGCUGGAGCAAAGGCUUCACGAGAGCAGCCUGGACCUCCAGAAGGCCACCGUGCUACUGAGAGAACAGCAGGAGGAGGGCCGGAGGAACGAUGAGAAGAUGUGCCAGCUGAUCAGGAAAACUGGGGACUGGGGGAGAGCAGAAAGAGUCCCUGUGGAACAAGAUGAAAAACAGACUGAGAAUUCUUCUCGGUGGGUCUUAGCAGGUGUGCAUGGUACAUCCACUAGAGAAAGCUUGAAUGUAGAAGCUUUGUCAACAAAUACAGUAACCAUUAGAACAAAUAGACAAAACCCAGGCACUCAGAUUGAGGACCUAGAAGAUGAUCAAGUUUGGCUCUCAGCUAGCUCUUUCAUGAUGGAGGCCCAAGUGAACAGUCUUGGAGCUGGUCAACACAGUUCAAAAACGGUGGUCCAUUGCUCCGUCAGAGAACCAGGCCUGGCAGUACCCAUGGAGCACAUGCCCCAGGAGGAAGCCCCCCCAGGGAGCAUGGAUCAAGCUGUGGCAGCCCUCCACGUAAAGAGGAUCCAGUGUCUCCUGGAACAGCAGUGGGAGUGUCUGUGUGGGGGGACAGCACCAGAGGGGGGCAAGGCCCUGGAGCACCAAGACCCCAAGGUCAAUUCACUGCAGGAGGAGAUGAUGAGUCUGGUUCAUACUCUUUCCUCCUACUACAUCCAUGGAUCCAGUGACAGAGAGGUUUCUCAAGGAGGGUUGCAAAGGAAGGGUAUAUUACUGGAAACUUCUGAAGUUUACCAGAACUUUCAAGUCCCAAAAUCCAUCAUGAAGAGAAAUGGGAGUGCUCGGAUGUCAAAGAACCUCCACUUUGCUGGUGUGAACGGAGGCUUUGAAACAACACCAAAUGAGGAUUUGGAUCGUAAGAGCCAUGCAAAGGAGGACAUGUCAGCGCUACAGCAACAACCAGAAGGACAACCUUACCCUGGGGAGAUGGCAGAGAAACUUGCCGACCAUGGGGGUUCAAACCACGGAGACCAGAAAGAGGGAGACCCAAGCCCAGGUCAAGAGAUGAUGGAAGGAACCGAUCCGAUGGACCAGACUACUCAAACUGCAGAACCAGACAAACAGACAGAUAGUGGUGGGGAUGUGGAAGCUGCAGAACCAGAGGAACAGAACAAGACAGACACAACACCAGAGGAACCCAUGGAAGCAGAACCAGAUCCAAACACAGAUCCCAAACAAGACAGGGAGGCUGUAGAAGGGGAGUUCAUAGCAGCAUGUCAUUUCGUCAGCGAUCACAUGGAUAACAUGGAUAACCCCAAUGAUGAAAUGAGGCGUGGCCUGGUGGUGCUGUUCCAGCAUUGGUUCCGGGUGGCGGCUGAGGAGGACUCUCUGGCCAAUACGGUGUCUGUGCACCUCAGAGAGGUGAGGACGGCCACGCCGUCGCUCCUCCCCUUCUUAGUUAACAUGGCAGACGACAACGGCAACACAGUGCUGCACUACAGCGUGUCUCACACCAACUACCCCAUUGUCAGCCUGCUACUGGACACAGGUGUUUGUGAGGUGGACCUUCAGAACAAGGCGGGGUACACAGCGGUGAUGCUGGCCUCCCUGACAGCCCCGGACAGCUCUGGGGACAUGGAGGUGGUCGGCAGGCUUAUGGAGCUGGGGGACGUCAAUGCUCAAGCCAGCCAGGGGGGUCAAACAGCUCUGAUGCUCGCAGUGAGACAUGGCCGGGGCCUGAUGGUGCGUCUGCUGCUGCGCUGCGGGGCCGACACCAACAUCCAGGACUGCCAGGGGGCCACGGCCCUCGUGUGCGCCUGUGAGAGGGGCCACACACACAUCGCCAGGCUGCUGUUGCAAGCGGCCGAGUGUGACACCAGCGUCACUGACAGGCGUGGUCGCACGGCCCUGUCUGUAGCACAGCAGGGGUCCCACGUUGACAUCACAGCCCUUCUCCAGGCCCACCAAACACACGCUGAGACGUCUGUCUGAGACUCCUUACCCCGUGGAUGGACUCAAAGACACAGAUGUUGCAGUGCAAGGAAUAUCCAAGUCCAAAUGGAACCCUGUUCCGUGCUGUCAAUAGAGCCAUUCCUGCUGCCAAUAGAGCCCUUCCUGCUGCCAAUAGAGCCCUUCCUGCUGCCAAUAGAGCCCUUCCUGCUGCCAAUAGAGCCCUUCCUGCUGCCAAUAGAGCCCUUCCUGCUGCCAAUAGAGCCCUUCCUGCUGCCAAUAGAGCCCUUCCUGCUGCCAAUAGAGCCCUGCCUACUGUAUAUAGAGCCCUUCUUUAUACCACAACUUAGGUCAAUUAUCUCCUUGUUUCUCUGUCUCCUUCCGUCUCUCUGUCUCCGGUUUCCUUUUUCUUCUCCUUCUGUCUCCUUUCUCCUUCGGUCUUCUUUCUCUGCUCCUUCUCUCUCUUCUUCUUCUGUUUCCUAUCUCUUUCUCCAUCUGUCUCUUUCUCCUUCGUCUCUUUCUCUUCUUCUUCUCUCUUCUUCUUCUGUCUCCUAUCUCUUUCUCCUUCUGUCUUCUUUCUCUUCUCCUUCUCUUUCUCUUCUCAUUCUCUUCUCCUUCUGUCUUCUUUCUCUUCUCCUUCUGUCUCUCUCUCUCUUCUCAUUCUGUCUCGCUCUCUUCUCCUUCUGUCUCUCUCUCUUCUUCUUUGUGUUGGUCACUUAUUGGCUCAGUAUUGACUGAGCUCAGCUGGUCGCAUUAGUUGCUGACUACUAGGCUCUGGCCAAAAGUAGUGCACUAUACAGUAGAGAAUAGGGUUCUAUUUCAGACACAGAUGAAGAUCUCUCACCUCCGCUUGUCUGAUUCGGUCUACUUUCCUCACUCCCUCUUGGGCCUCUAAGGAUCAGGUUGUGAGGUCAAUGACAUUGGACUGAGCUCUUCACUUCCUGUUCCUGGACAGGGAAAAAAAAAUCUUUAAAGACGUGUGUGUGUGUGUGUGUGUGUGUGUGUGUGUGUGUGUGUGUGAAUGUUAUUAUGACAGCUGUGCAAAGCUCCAAUCCUGGAGGGCGAUAUUGUCUGCUGGUUUUUGUCCUCGCCUUUAAAAUGGUCUAUUUUCUUUUUACCUGUAGCAAUCAAUGACAUGAAUUGACCCAAUAAGUGCCACGAAGGGAGAUCCCAAAAGCCAGCAGGACUGCGGCUCUUGAGGACUUGGUUUAUCCCUGUUACGUUCAUGAGAAAGGUCUUUUGAGAAAGGUUUUUGAGAAAGCGUGUUACAAAUAAAACGCCACCAAUUGGAUGGAUGGGUUGAUUGCUCUGCUGGUACUGUAAACAUUGUUGUAUUGCUGUUAUGCUAUCCCCUGGUAUGGCAUUAGGUUAGGGGAGGGUUUGGC